AUGGAAAAGAUUCUCACCUUAUCCACUCGUUUUCCACCUCUCUCCGUUGCCUUCGCCUGUGCUUCCUUCAUUCCAAUCGGUUUGAUUUCUCGUUUAAUCGCUCGUCCACCCGGUCUCUGCGGCGCUUCGAUCAUAAUCGCCUUCAUUGGUCCCGCCUUUUUGACAACUGGUGCCUCUGAAGAAGACGAUUCUGGAGCCAUUUCAGACGACGUGGCGGCUUCAGAAGCUUCAGAUGACGUGGCAGUGACUUCUGGAGUCUUUUUGGUGGCUCUCGUGCUAACCGACCGUCUUCUUUUCACCGGUAUCGCCUCAAUCAUCUGUACUCCCGCCACUUUCUUCGUAUACUGUCGUUUCACAACUACUUCAGGAGUGGAAGUGGGCGGAGCUUGUCGUUUCAGUGGUUUUCUAGAAGCUCCAGAUGCUCCAGAGAGAAUAUCACCAACUAAAUCGUCAGUGGACGUGGCCGGAGCGGCUGGAACCCUAAUAUGGGCGGUUCUUCGUUUUGGGAGAUUCAAAGAGGAUUCAGAGGAUUCUGAAGAAGUGGGCGUGGCCGUUGGAGGCGGAGCCUUAGUUUGA